GGAUCAUUUGGUGGAUUUAUUGUCCAUCAAAUUGGUGCUCUCAUUGAGAGUUCGAGAAUCAUACUCGGAAGAAAUCCUCCACAGCGACGAUGGUGCAAACACGUAGCAACGCCAACGUAGGUACCGGAGUUCCCCAACAGGGGGAGAACAGCGCCACCGGAGGUCGGCACCCCCCCAUCACCACCGGGGAGGCUGAGGCCCUCAUUCAGAGGGUUGGGAUCACGACCGAACAAUUCAAGGAGGUGCUGGCCGCACUUGCGCCCAACCGCGAGGAAGUGGUGGGAGAUGUGGCUGGGGGACCCACAGGCGAGAAGGCUGGACCUGCGGGCUCCCAAGGAAAAAAGAAAAAAGUGAGGCGGUCCCAGAAGAAGAAGGCGACCAAGCCCAAUGGGAAGGCUAUGAUGGCAGAUGCGCUCUCCAGGCUGGAAGAAGAGGACGAGUCGUCCUCCUUCGAGCGGAUGUCUGCUUUUGACCGUUUGGGAGAUCCCAAGUCGAAGAAACCUCGGACCUCUGCGUUCGAAAGGUUGCAGGACACUCGGUCGGCCCGAAAAGGCGACUUGAGAGACACGCUCAAGGAGAAGAGAGGGGAGUCCACAGCGACCUCCAAGAAGUGCCCUAUAUAUUGUGGACCUACAGAACUACUCCAAGGAAGGCAACCGGUGAAACCCCUUUUCUCGCUCACAUAUGGAUUUGAAGCAAGGGCUCCAGCGGAGACCUCGUUGUUAAGUUAUAGAGUUGAGACGUUUGAUGCUCAAGGAAAUGAGGAGAACCUGAGGGCAGAGCUGCACCUCAUUGAUGAGCGAAGGGAAAGGGCAUAUAUGCGGGCAGAAAACUACCGCCGGCAGGUCAAGUCAUAUCACGACCAGCGGGUGCGACCAAGGCAGUUCAAGAUGGGCGACUGGGUCCUUCGGAAAAGGGAGGUCAGCCGGCCGACCGAUGGAGGAAAGUUUGCUAAAAGCUUCGAGGGGCCAUAUAUCAUAAAGGAGGUGUUGGCCGAUGGGACAUUUAGAUUGCAGACUCCAACCGGUGGCGACGUUCCGCGAGUAUAGAACACAAGAUCUGUUGAUCGCAUGAACGACCAGGGGAUCUUGGGGGUAUGGCGACGCCACAAGGGUCAAAGUAACCCGAAAGUGGCUAAGUCAAAAGAGGCGAGGUAUUCUCUGAUUCAAGUCCAAGGGAACCGGAACGUCAAAUGUAGGAUGCGGAAGAGAAGAAGGUGAAACUUGUAAGUAAACAGGUAACAUCAAA